AUGAGACUUCCAAUCGUUCUUGCGCUCGCAGUUUCCAUUGCUACAGCAGCAAAUUUUUUGCCCUCCAAGAUCUACUUCUUCUCAACAAGCUGUACCAUUGAUACCACCACAACCAAAGUUCCAACAUCCACCACCGUUUCUUCGACUUCUACCGCAAUUCCGUCUACCUCAACUACUUCUGUUUCUUCUACGUCUUCCACUGCUCCCUCCUCUUCAACCACGGUUAUCUCCUCCACGACUACAACUGUUCCGUCUACAUCUACUAAUGUGAUCUCUUCCAUUGCCCCAUCCACCUCUACUACGGUAGCUUCUUCCACUUCUACCCCUACCGUUUCUUACUCGUCUUCUACUGUCUCAACCACUUCAACCACGGGUAUCUCCUCUACGUCUUCUACUGUUUCGUCUUCAUAUACUCCUAUGAUCUCUUCCACGUCUUCCACAGUCCCAUCCACCUCUACUACGGUAGUUUCUUCCACAUCUUCGAUUGAUCCUUCUACCACUACCACUACCGUUUCUACCGUCUCAUCCUCUUCAACUCUGGGAGUCUCCUCGACGUCUUCAACUGUUCCAUCCUCUUCAACCACAAUUCCUUCCUCCACCGUCUCUACUACUACUGAAUCAACAGAGAUAUCGCCGACUUCUUCGGACUCCACUUCUUCAUCAUCCACCGGAACUCCAUCGGUUCGAACAACUUCUUCUGGAAAGACAACUCUGGAUAUUGUUAUUUCAACCACAAAGCCAAUUGAGACAUCAUCAACAAAAGUCUCUCAGACCAGCCAAGCAGUUCCAACUGUUUCACUUCAGGAAUCCACAACUGGCUUGAGUUCAUCGACAUCUGAGACUUCUACCGAAUCGAGCUCCGGAGUUUCAAGCUCUUCUACCAUGUCCCAAACUUCUUCAUCGGAAUCCGUGACUUCCCAAGCGUCAUCAAGUACUGAACCUCAAGUAACCUCGACCAUCGGAACAUCAUCUCAGCAGUCUUCCUCGACAACUAAACCAUCAUCGAAGUCCUCCUCCUCAACCGUCGGUUCCUCCACGACACCUGAAGUAUCUGAGGCCUCUACUAGCUCUGAGCCUUCUACUACCGUUUCUACCAAAUCGAGUACUGAAUCGUCCACCACUUCACCGGUAACGUCAUCUGGAACUACUGUGACUUCAACUUCUACCGAUGGCUCUACAACUUCUACAAGCUCAUCUUCAACUGAUACCGUGCCAAAACUGUCCAGUGCUUCCACGACAAUUGAGCCAACUUCUUCUACUACUCAAAAGCCGCUAGUGAACGAAAAUACGGUUCCAGAAGUCUCCACAUCUACCGUCCACAUUGAGACCACUUCAUCCACAGCCACGGUUCCGGUAUCCACCACCACUACUGCCACUACCACCAAAUCCGAGCCUACGCAACAUUUCGUCGUCAUUGAGAAUACUGUUGUCCCAAAAGUUUCUUCCGGAAUUUCUACAACUACCACCAAAUCUACUACAACUACAUCCGAAAUUGCCGAAACUCCAGAACCUCACUUCGUGGAUAUCGAGAACACCGUUCCAGUGAUCUCUACAUCUACCCUCAGCACCAAAUCCACGGAAACAGUAACAACUCAGGAACCUCACAUCGAGAACCCCGCUCCAGAAUCUACCAGCCGCACUGUUCAGACCUCGACCAGCACGAAUACCAAAAAGGCUCAAAUCAUCGAUGUCGAAAACACCGUUCAAGGAGGCACCAUCACUACCACUGCUUCGGCCACCACUGGUUCCUCCACCAAGCCAACUCCAUCCACGACAUCUUCUCAAGACUUCACCAGCGACGAAGUCUCAGAGUCUCCAGAAGCCACCACGACUGCAUCUGCUCUUUCGACCACCGAAUCCACGACAUCAUCUCAAGACUCCACGAGCGACGAAGUCUCAGAAACUCCAGAAGCCACCACCACUGACUCUGCUGAUUUGACCACCGAAUCCAUGACAUCGUCUCAAGGAACCACAGAUGGUACCACGAAGUCGGAAACCGUUGAGAGAACUGAAACUCCAUUCCCUACGAGCUUCGGACUUCCCACAAGCUUCGGAACCCUGACCCCACCAAUCACCACCUCGAUCUCUCCGUCCUCAGAAACCUCCAUCAUCACGAAACCCAGCAACCAGACUCCAGCACCGACCCUCUUGCCAAUUUUAACCGCCGGUACCGGAACCACUAAGCGCUCGAGAUAUGAAUUCGAUGGAACCAGCGAGAAGCCGAACUUCAGAACUAUCUUCCGGGAGUACUCACUGACGUUCCCAACUUGCUCCAACAAGUUCUCGAUCGCAAAAGGAGACAACUACAUCAACAAGUUCUUCUCCAAGCCAAAGUGGAUCAGAUGCUCAGUCCCUGGAAUGAAACCAAAUAUUCAGGCAGUCCCCUUCAAUCUCAUCGAGGCCCAGAACGUGUUCAACAUGAGACACGUUCUGACCACAGAUGUAUCCGAAUGGGAGACGGUGAUGCUCCGGCGGAUCAUGAGAGAGUUCCCGAAAUUCGACGUCUUCGUCGUAAUAUUUGAUGAAGAGAAGAAAUUGGCCCUAAUGAGUCCAGAAGAAGAAGUGAACUCAGAGGCGCCGUUUAAACGGCAUGAGAUUGAUUGGAUUGUUUUUUAUGGCUGCACCCCACGGCCAAAUCGGGAAAUUAUAGAGGAAUUUAUAGAAAAAAUGAGAGAAAAAUUGGGCAGACUAAAUGACUGCCCAACUUCUUAUGUAGAACGUUGA